AUGGCCAAGAAAAAUAAAGUUCCGCAACAGCGACAAAGUCGCUCGGCGUCGAAGGAGAUGACUCCCAUGGAUCCGUCCCAAUUACAAAUCCCCAAGGUAAUUGUUGUUUAUUCUUUUUAGAAUUUUUUUAAUUUUAGGGCCUCCCGAACUUGGGAAACACAUGUUUCUUCAACUCGGUGACUCAGUGUAUACUCCAAACCCAAGCUCUUAAUUAUUACCUCAAGGAAGUAGGCAAGAUAAAAGAGCUUUUAAUACCGAAAGAUUGCAUUGUUAGUAUAAAUGAUGUCAAAGUAGAAGUUCCGGCGGCUCGAAUUCCCCUACCGGAACCUGAGAUGUUAUUUGUGAAAACCUUUUCCAAUUUAUUGACUGAGUUUCGGUGUGGGAGAUCUCCUAAUCCUCAGAGUCUGUUCAAUCAAAUUGCCAGAAAGUGAGUUUUUUAAUUUUUAAAUAUUGUUCUUGUUUUAGGGUUCCUCGAUUUCGCGGCUGGGCACAACAAGAUGCACACGAGCUGCUCAGAUAUCUUCUUGAUGUUCUCAGAUCUGACGAGAUCGACAGGUUUAAGGAGGGAAUUGAGGAAUACCUGGACAAGAAGGAAGAAAACUCUGAUCUUCUGCGGAAAGGUUUGAACCUAUUCUUGAAUUAAUUGUUAUAAAAUUUUAGCAAUACUGAAAUGCGCGGCUAUUCCGUUGUUGGAUUCAGUUUUUGGAGGCACCCUUUUACAAACUAUUCGAUGUUCCGAAUGUAAUUAUGUUAGUACAACGUUCGAACUCUUUCUCGAUCUCUCUUUACCUCUAGUCAGAGAUGACUGUAAUAAGAAAGGUAAUGCCGUUCAAGCAAAAAGCAAAUAUCAGCUGAAAAAGGAACAAAGGAACAGCAAAAAGGUCAGUUUCGUUUAUUCAGCUUUUUAUUUGGUUUAGAAGGCGAAUAAAAAAAGAAAGAAAAGAGGGUCGGAGAUGGAGCUGGGAUCAGAGGAGAACAGAGAGGGGUCUUCAAGACAAGAUGACGAUGAGAAACCGAAUGAAUCAGAUGAGGAGAUCCUGGAGAACGGAAACGAGGUUAGUGAGAUUAAUGGGAAUGUUGAAGGUAGGGGAAACUAUUUAUAUAAAUACUUUUUUAGUUGACUUAAUUGAUGAGGUUGAGAAGUUGGCCAUAGACUCGAAUGCUGAUUGUAUAUCAGCAUUGUUGGGAGAAAAUGGAAACCAGGAACAUAGCAAUGGGAUUAUGAUAUCCUUAAGAAGGUACUUCUCUGAAGAUGUUUUGGCUGCUGCCGAUGCUUAUGAAUGUGAGAAAUGUUGUGCCCCAUUAAACAGAAAGGUAAUAUCCUAAAAACUGGGUAAUGAAGAUAUACUAAUUUUCAGAAGAAAAAGGACGAACCUAGAAAAACCGUGGUGUCACACAAAAGAUAUUUUGUGUUCAGUCCCCCUCCCAUAUUAACUUUACAUAUGAAGAGAUUCGAACAGGUAAAGAAAUCAGAGUGAAAAAAGACUGCUGUAGACACACACAUUUAGUCGAACAACGUCCAGUAAAAUACGAGGACACAUCGAGUUCCCCAUGGUCCUUGAUCUGGCUUCGUUUUGUUCAAAAUCGGAGGAGGUAAGUUCGCUUUUACAUACUUUGCGACAGUUACUUUUUUACAGCGAGUUAUGCCAAACCAAACGAAGAUUCUAUAUUCUUUGUAUGGUGUUGUUUGUCACAGCGGAGAUCUUUCCGGAGGCCAUUAUAUUGCAUAUGUAAGGUCCAGAAAAGAGUUGUCCCAUGUCCAAGCUUUCUUCGAACAAGCCGCCAAGGAGAGUUUUACUGAUGCUUCUCGGCUGGGGGAUCUGACUUCUCAUGUUGCGUUGAAAAGAGAGAUGAAUGGCCGUCUGAAAACCGUUAAAACUCCAUCGGAAGAAGAAGCUGCGGAGGCUCUGAAGACCCUGGAAUACACCUCGAGAUGGUUUUACUGCAGCGAUUCUAAUGUGUCGAUGACUACCGAGACGAAAGUCCGCUCUUGUGAAGCUUACCUUCUUUUCUACGAGCGAGUUUUCUGAGAGUGCCGAUGUUUGAUCUGCCCUCUCCUGACCCAGCAGUUUCUCUAUCUAAGCCGGUGAAGGCGUUUUGAUCCCUGUGACUGCCUUUUCCCGCUCUAGGUGACAAACUAACCUUUGUUGUCGUUGUUAUGACCGAGCGGCUCCCGCAGCUCUGUUGUUGUUACCAAUAAUAAAUGCUAAAAGAAGGUGUUGGAUUCUGCUGAUGGGGCCUGGUGAUUGCCCAUAGAUUAUUGAUUUGGUUACUGCUUGUUGUGUGUUCCAGCAUUUGUUGGAAACAAAUUGCUGAUUGUAUUUUGUGACCCCAUCAACAUUGUUUUAUUGGUAAUCGCGUCACAUGUACAUCGACCGCUCGAAGAGUGUGUCUGUCGCUUCUCUGAGUGCACUCAUCCAACGUUUAAUUGCAGGUCAAUGUCCAUUUCGAUAUUAGCGAUCGCUGGGAAUGCGUGAAAACAGCGGGUCUUAUCAAUUGGUGGGUUCGUAUCACUCUUUUCAAGAAUUUUAUCUCAGCGUUUCCUGUCCUCGUAUAGCUGAGUUAAAGUUCGGUUCCUUGUUUCCCUUGACUAAUUUCUGACCAUUUUAGUUUAAUUAAGUGCAAUAUAUGUGAAAUGGGUCUUACUAGUCAUCUGGUGGAUGUCGCCAUCAUCCUCGUUCUCUGCGUUCUUUUCUUCCAAUACGAAAACUGGUUGGCAAUCACUCUGAUAUGUUUGCUGUUUCGGUAUUUUUCAUCAGACAUUGGGAAGCGGGGAUUGAAAACACUUCCAAGAGAUCUCAAGUCAGUUUAAUUUCAAUGUGAUUUUAUUUAAUUUUGAGAAUUUAAUUUAAUGCCCCUUUAGAGGCCUCGCUCUUCUUCUUCGGGUAAAAUGGACGAUGCAUCAGGGAUUCAAGAGGAACAAACCUCUUCAUUAUUAUUUCUUGGAUCAUGUAAAACAACAUCCGAAUAAGGAGUGUGUCGUCGAAGUAGAAACGGGUAGGAAAUUCACAUUUAGUCAACUCAAUGGACUCGCCAACAAAUAUGCAAACGCUUAUAAAGUAGGUUACUAAAAUAUGGCUCUUAAAAUAAUUAAUGUAUUUUGGUUUCAGAAAGUGUCAAACGAAAAACAAAUAGCCAUUUUCCUAGAGAACUCCGCUGAUUUCUUCGCUUGCUGGCUUGGCUUGAGCAAGCUAGGGGUGAUCACGGCUUGGAUCAACUCAAAUUUGAAGGCAGAACCUCUGGCCCAUUCGAUUAAAGUGGCGAAAACUGAUAUUGUUCUUACCUCAACCUCUUUGUUACCCAGUAAGUGGACGUCCUGACAAGUAGAGUUUCUUUUAGCAUUGUUAAAGACCAUUGAUUCUGGCUUAUUACCUCAAAACUUAAUCAUCUACACUAUCGAUAAGCCCGUGGACAACGGAAGGUCCAAGUCCAUUCAAGAUUUGUUGCAGGAUCCAACCGAACCGGAGCCCAAUAAUGACAUCAACUUCCAAAGUACGCGUUUUUUCUACAACUUUUAGUUUGUUCACAGGUGUUUUGUGUUACAUUUACACCAGUGGAACCACCGGAAACCCCAAACCUGCUAUCAUCAAGCAUUUCCGAUAUUUUUUUAUUGCCAUGGGAAGUGGAAAAUCGUUUGGAGUUACACCGGAUGAGAGGAUUUACAUCACCAUGCCCAUGUAUCAUUCUGCUGCGGGGAUUUUGGGCAUUGGACAAGUUGUUGUACUGGGUAAGGUGUCCGAAUUUUUGUUUAAAAUACUUCCUAUUUAAAGGAGCUACGGCCAUUAUAAGAAAAAAGUUCUCUGCCAGGAACUUUUGGACGGAAGCCAGGGAUCAUCAAUGCACAGCCAGUCAAUACAUCGGAGAAAUCUGUCGAUAUCUCUUGGCCCAACCCCGAUCAAAGGCGGAGAGAGAACAUUCUAUUCGACUAAUGUAUGGAAAUGGAUUGAGGCCAGAGAUUUGGAAGGAAUUUGUAGAGAGAUUUGGUAUUCGGAAGAUAGGCGAACUCUAUGGAAGUACUGAAGGAAACUCUAAUAUUGUCAACAUCAACAAUCACAUAGGGUCCUGCGGUUUCUUCCCCAUUUAUCCCUUCCUUACAGCUCUGUAUCCAGUUCGGUUAGUUAAGGUUAAUCCCGAGACCGGAGAAUUACUCCGAGAUGAGAAUGGACUUUGCAUUUCUUGUAGACCCGGGGAUACCGGGGAAAUGGUCGGCAUGAUCAAGAAGAAUGACCCUCUCCUCAGGUUCGAAGGCUAUGUCAACAAAGACGACACUGACAAGAAAGUCAUAACGGAUGUCACAAGGAAGGGAGAUGUCGUCUUUUCCAGUGGUGAUAUCCUGUAUUGGGAUCAGUAUGGAUAUCUUUACUUCAAGGUAGGAGAAUGAUCAAAGGAUGUACUUCAUAAUUGUAGGAUCGGGGAGGAGAUACCUACAGAUGGAGAGGAGAGAAUGUGAGCACGAUGGAAGUAGAAGGUGUUCUUCAACCCCUUAUGCAAAUUCAGAAUGCUACCGUAUUUGGAGUGGAAGUAAAUGGCCGAGAAGGCAGAGCUGGGAUGAUUGGGGCCACUCUAAAUACGAAUGUUGAUAUUCAAGUGGGUUCUCUAGUAUGAUGUUUGAUAUUUUUGUAGGAAUUUGUUGACGUCGCUGCCAAACGUUUAUGCGAUAAUUUGGCUGCUUAUGCCAUUCCCGUUUUCCUCAGAAUCUGCAAAGAAGUGGAGACUACAGGGACUUUCAAAUUGAAAAAAAGUGCCUUACAGAAGGAUGGAUUCGACCCUGCCAAAUGCGGGGCAGACCCAUUAUUCUACUUUGAUUAUACCGCCAAAACCUACAAACCUCUUGAUUCGGACAUGUACAACAUGAUCCAAAGUGGGCAAUACUCAAAAAUCUGA